AUGGCAAAACGCACUGACGAUGCCGUCGAAACGUCUGGGAAUGUGCCACGUCCACGUGCUUAUGGCAAUUGGUUUCCUGGAUGCAAGCCCUUGGUUCAGCAAGCGAUGGUGAAGAUCAUGAAAGCCAAUCCAGCUCUUUAUGUUCUUCGGGAGCGUAUUAGAAAGGCUUUGCAAUUGUAUUCCAGCGAGCCCACUGAGCCUUAUCUUAGUUCGCAAAAUUAUAACGAGCUUUUCUCAAAUCAGAUUAUCUGGUUUGUGGAUGAUACUAAUGUCUAUCGUGUUACUAUUCACAAGACCUUUGAGGGCAAUCUAACCACUAAACCAAUCAAUGGAGCGAUCUUUAUUUUUAAUCCUCGCACGGGCCAGUUAUUCUUAAAAAUCAUUCACACGUCUGUUUGGGCUGGCCAGAAGCGCUUAGGUCAGUUAGCCAAGUGGAAGACUGCUGAGGAGGUCGCGGCUCUCAUUCGUUCGUUGCCAGUUGAAGAACAGCCAAAGCAGAUUAUUGUGACUCGAAAAGGCAUGCUUGAUCCCCUGGAAGUCCAUUUACUCGACUUCCCUAACAUUGUUAUCAAGGGCUCUGAGCUUCAACUUCCCUUCCAGGCAUGCUUGAAAGUCGAAAAGUUUGGCGAUUUGAUUCUCAAGGCGACAGAGCCUCAAAUGGUACUUUUCAACUUGUAUGAUGACUGGCUAAAAACUAUUAGCUCAUAUACAGCUUUCUCUCGACUGAUUCUUAUUUUGCGGGCUCUUCAUGUUAAUAAUGAUAGAGCUAAGAUUGUGCUCAAACCUGACAAGACUACCAUUACAGAACCACAUCAUAUUUGGCCAUCGCUCUCCCCUGAGGAAUGGAUCAAUGUUGAAUAUCAGCUAAAAGAUUUAAUUUUGGCUGACUACGGCAAAAAAAACAAUUAUUUUGUUAUGUUUUGCAAUUUACUGACAAAAAUUCCCUCAUUUCUCAGUGUAAACGUUGCUUCAUUGACCCAAUCCGAAAUUCGUGAUAUAAUUUUGGGCAUGGAGAUUUCUGCACCAUCUCAACAACGUCAGCAAAUCGCGGAGAUCGAGAAACAGGCGAAAGAGCAGUCCCAGCUUACUGCAAUGACUACUCGUACAGUGAACAAACAUGGUGAUGAGAUUAUUUCAACCACCACAUCCAAUUACGAAACUUUGCAUUUCAGCAGUAAGACGGAAUGGCGCGUCCGGGCUAUCUCUGCAACUAAUAUGCACCUACGAACCAAUAAUAUAUACGUCAGUUCAGAUGAAGUAAAAGAAAGUGGUUACACCUAUAUACUUCCAAAGAAUAUACUGAAAAAAUUCAUAACGAUUUCCGACCUCAGGGCUCAAGUAGGCUCGCUUUAA